GGGGGGGAGUCGGGGUAUGUCUCGUGUACGAUGUAGUGCUCUAAUCUCUGCAAGGGUUGGUGUGAGCAGAACUAUGGCAUCCAUCUCUCCUCCCCGUGACUAUGAUAAUGCGCUCAAGGCGCUGCUCUCGCUGCAGUCAAACGUCAACAUCCUCAAGACGAUUGCGGCGAUGGGCCCGAAGGAGCGGGCGGCCAAAUACGCGCAGUCGCUGCCAGAGAUGCAUGAGUACAAGGCGCGGGCGGGGCUCGACGAUAGCAAGCUGCGGACGAUCGAGUUCAUCCAUGUGACAGGAACCAAGGGCAAGGGCUCGACAGCGGCGAUGACGGAGCAGCUGCUGCGGUCGUCGGGCGUGCGGACCGGACUCUUCACCUCGCCGCAUCUGCUCUCGCCGCGUGAGCGGAUCCGAAUCGACGGCAGGCCGGUGUCCGAGGACACUUUCUCCAACGCGUUUUGGGGCAUGUGGGAGCGGCUCGAGAGCGGUGCGGCGGCGGCCGGACGCAGCUCGGAGCUCCCGCCGCAUCCGAUGUUCUUCCGCUACCUGACGCUCAUGAGCUUGGCGGUGUUUGUGGAGCACGGCGUGGACGUAGCCAUCAUGGAGGUUGGCAUCGGCGGGCGGUACGACUCGACCAAUAUCAUUCCGCCGCCGGUGGCCGCCGGCAUCACCCCGAUUGGAUACGACCACCUCGAGGUCCUCGGCACCUCGAUCACAGACAUUGCCUUCCAGAAGGCCGGCAUUAUCAAGCCCGGGACCGGCGCGGUCAUCACGGCGCCACAGGACGACGGCGCGCUCGAGGUCAUCCGUGCUGAGGCCGCCGCCGCCAGCGUGCCGCUGGUGGAGAGCCGUCCGCUGGUUGUGGAGGCGCCUGACAGCCUCGGCCUUCCGGGCGCGCACCAGACAUGCAACGCGGCGGUGGCGCUGGGCCUGGCGCGGGCGUUUCUGGCAGCACAGGCGUCGGGACUGGCGAGUGCCGCCGAGGCUGCGGCUGGGGUGAGUGGCCAACUCCGGCUCGCUGCUUCCGAUGAGGUGACCGAGGCGGAGGGGGCGGCGCUGCGGGCGGCCAAGUGGCGCGGGCGGUGCUCGCAGCACUCGAUCUCGCCGAGUGUGGAGCUGUACAUGGACGGGGCGCACACGUACGAGUCGAUGCAGGCGUGCGUGCAGUGGUUCAACGAGCGGAGGCGGGCGGCGCCGGACCGCAAGACCGUCCUCAUGUUCGCCUGCAAGUACUCGCGCGAUCCGCUGUGGCUCAUGCUUCCGCUGGUGGACGUUCACAUGUCGACGCCGUUUGAUCUGGUGGUCUUCUCGUCGACAACGGCGUAUCCGCCGGGCGACGAGGCGCCGGCCUCGGUCAACGACUCGGAUCCGGACGAGCAGCGCCGCGCGUAUCGCCGCAAGCGGCGCGAAGCCUGGAAGGAGCGCCAGCUUGAGACCUGGUUCAAGCUGGCCUCGGGCGAGCCGCUCGAAUGCGACGCCCCUUCUGGUGGCGCGGCGGUGCGGUCUGUGCCCAAGUCGGUCGCCGAUGCUCUCGCUGCCGGCCGCCACCGCGCCACUCCGGACAUCCGCGACGGCGACGCGCCGAUGGUCCAGCUCGACUCGAUCCAGGACUCACUGGACUUUGUCCGCAACAUGACAGCACCAGGCGGGCCAUGGGAGAACGAUGGCGUCGACGUCCUUGUCUGCGGCUCGCUCUAUCUUGUGGGUGGCGUCUUUGAGGUCCUCGGGUACGGCGUCGAGUAGCGACUCAUUUAACUUGUGUGUGAGAGCCUUUGUCGCGGGUACAUCGAUCACCACCUCUGCCUCCCAGUCUCCACCUCGGCUCCCAUCACGAUCUUGACCCAGAACGCUCAGUUUGCUACGAAACGAUUGUCAUCAUCACCAGCGCGGUCGGGUCGGUGGUCGUAGUAGUAGCGGCAUGUUUGGAGCACAACGAACGAACGAUUAUUUUUAACUCUGUGACUCGAAACGGCAACGAUAAUUUGAAGGAG